UAUGUUUCUUGGUCCCUUUACCAUGCAUUGCCCCCGAUGAUCUAUUACUUCCCCCUUCAGACACUGGCACUCACGGGUCUGGAGGUUUUUGCUGUUGCCUUCUUUUCUCCAAUAUUCUUGAUAAUUGGCCCUUUUUGGAGGUUGGCUAACAAUAAGUACGUCCUAGCCCUUUUGAGACUGACAACGGUUGGAAGCUUAGCAUCAUUCCAGGCACCAAAUGCUUCAAUUAGACUGUUCAUCUUGGCUGCAGGUGUUUCUUCCUCACUGCUGGUUCAAACAGUAACAUGGUGGUCAGGAAGCAGUUUACAAAGGUUCAUCAGGAUAUGGGGCUUCAUGCUAGGCAAGGUGAUGCUCCUUGUUCUCCGGAUCUGGUACACAUCACUAAACCCAGUCUGGAGCUCACAAGCGGCCAAUGCUGUCAUACUGACAGCUGGCUUUAUAGCAGCAGUGGAGCGAAUUCACUCAGAUGGAAACAAGAGGAAACAAGAAGCGAACAGGACUGGUAAUGCAGUUAGAGAGACUGUUUCCCACCCUCACUGGCUUUUGUCAGGGAUUGCUUUUGGCAGCCUCAUGUUCCUCACCCUGUGGAUAUUUGGAGAGGUCUCAUUAGUUUCUAGAUGGGCAGUGAGUGGACAUCCACAUACAGGUCCAGAUCCUAAUCCGUAUGGAGGUACAGUCCUGUUGGGCCUGGCUCAUGGACUGAUGCUUUCAUUUUGGAGCUGGUCUUCUGUCACCAGUUUUGCCUGGUUUCUUGUAGGUUUAGCAUCUUCAGCUGGUCUCCUGUAUUUACACACAUGGAGUGCUGCUGUUGCAGGCACUGUUCUUGGGGUCUUUACUAUGUGUGUGUGGCCUCAGCUGGCUGGAGGCUUUGUUAGCUGCCUGCACCCUGGAAAAGCCAUGACCACAGCCAUGUUUGCCUACGUCCUUGAAUUAUUCUUCUGCGUGUGGUGCACAGCUUAUAAAUUUGUACCUGGAGGAAUUUACAUUAGAGAAAGCUCCCAUCUUCUUUUAGGGUUUAUAAUGUUAUGUAUUGGGGCAGAGUUUAUGACAGGACCCAAGAGAGAUCUUAGCUCUAUCUUUGAAGUGAAAAGCAAUCAAAAGGCACUAUUCAAAAAGAGUGAAAACUAUAUUAAACUACUACUCUGGCUGUUUGUUGGUGUUGGUUUGCUGGGAUUGGGUCUACGUUAUAAAACUUACCAGAAGAAGCUAGGUCAAGGGGUUCCAAAAAGAGACUUCUCUGCCAUGAUCUGGCCUUUUAGAUUUGCAUAUGACAAUGAAGGAUGGUCCAAUUUGGAAGGAUCAGCUAAUUUGCUUAAUCAGACAG